CGUACGCAAGCGCGCUAUAGUUUCUAGGUUUGUUUGUGAUUUUUGUUGAAGAUGGCGGCGUCGUCAUUAGAGCAAAAGCUUUCGCGGCUGGAGGCUAAGCUGAAGCAAGAGAACCGUGAAGCUCGGCGCCGGAUUGAUCUCAACUUGGAGAUUGGGUCGCAGAGAGCAAGACCUAUUAUUGUGAUCACUCUAAGCCCUGCUCCCGCUCCAUCCCAACGAGCAGCUCUGCAGCUUCCUUUAACAAAUGAUGGCAACAGCCGAGCAGUACCAUCAGAGAACACUCCACCACACCACCAGCAUCAGGUUCGACCCCGCCACACGCUGUCUCUCCCUCAGCCAGGCUUCACAAUGCAAAGGAGCACAGAGAGUGUAGAGAUUGAUCAAAAGCUGCAAGAGAUCAUGAAGCAGACGGGAUACCUAGCAAUAGGAGGACAGAGGUAUCAAGCCGAAAUUAGUGAUCUGGAGAAUCUUGGGGAGAUUGGCAGUGGCACUUGUGGUCAGGUCUGGAAGAUGCGGUUCAAGAAAACUGGACAUAUCAUAGCAGUCAAGCAAAUGCGUCGCUCAGGAAACAAGGAAGAGAACAAGAGGAUUCUAAUGGACCUUGAUGUUGUAUUAAAAAGUCAUGACUGCCCUUACAUCGUGCAGUGUUAUGGAACUUUCAUCACAAAUACUGAUGUUUUUAUAGCUAUGGAGUUGAUGGGAACAUGUGCAGAAAAACUGAAAAAACGGAUUCAAGGUCCCAUUCCUGAAAAGAUUCUGGGAAAAAUGACAGUGGCGAUUGUCAACGCUCUGUACUACUUGAAGGAGAAACAUGGUGUAAUUCAUCGUGAUGUUAAACCUUCCAACAUCCUCUUAGAUGAACGUGGACAGAUCAAACUCUGUGACUUUGGAAUAAGUGGCAGACUGGUAGACUCCAAAGCAAAGACACGGAGUGCAGGAUGUGCUGCCUACAUGGCGCCUGAAAGAAUAGACCCUCCUGAUCCUACAAAGCCAGAUUAUGAUAUCCGAGCUGACGUCUGGAGUCUGGGCAUUUCAUUGGUUGAACUGGCCACUGGUCAGUUUCCAUACAAAAACUGUAAAACAGAUUUUGAGGUUUUAACAAAGGUGCUUCAGGAGGACCCCCCUCUUCUUCCAAAUAACAUGAGCUUCUCCAUGGACUUCCAGUCCUUUGUUAAAGACUGCCUUACAAAAGAUCACAGGAAGAGACCAAAAUACAACAAACUACUUGAACACAACUUCAUUAAACGUUACGAGACACUGGAAGUAGAUGUUGCAUCCUGGUUUACAGAUGUCAUGGCAAAGACAGAGUCACCAAGAACAAGCAGUAUACUUAGUCAGCACCAUCUGCCAUUCUUUUCAAGGUAGCCAAAUGGAAAGGACUGCUCUCAGGGGGCCCAUGCCAGAAGCUUACAGAGGCAACAACAGACUCAGCAGCAGUGUCAGACAAGACUUAUGCAGUGACUGCUUUGAUAUGUAACCCACUGUCUGUUCUCAAGUUUGACCAGUUUUUUUCCUUGUGGUCUGAAGUGUGAGCUGUUGCUUCUGUUAAGAUUGAGUCCAGGACUUUGAUAGUUUUUGUCACUCAACAUGAGCAACUUGAAGGAAUGAGGCGCGCUUUGCCUAUUAGCCUCUGAUGUUUGCAAGAAGCAAUGAAAAAGACAACUAAGCUGACAGACUUUUAAAGACCUGGAUCUGGACAGUAUGCUUCCUCUGUUUUGUCUGUUUAUGAGACAUUAAACCGGAUUAUGCACUGUGAACAAAAGUCAUGGAACAGAAUUCUCCCUAAUUUAUUGUGUAGCAGUUUCGUAGGCAAUGCAGGUUCUUAACUGCAUCAGCAAGCAGACAUCUAGAUUUUAUGGUAUACUGGAGCAUUUUACCAUUUUGGGGAUUUCUGCUGCUUUUUUUGUUUUUCAUUUUAUUUUGUUUUUAUUUCAGAUUCCCAGUUUUUAUGCGGUGGACAAAAGUCCUGUUAGAAAGUAUAAAAGAUUUAUUCUUACA